AUAGAGCUCAACACACCAGGCUUACUUGGCAUCCAGUUUUAAAUAAAGUCACAUUUUAACAUGUUCGUGACAUGCCCUGGCUAACGGACCUGGAGGAGUUGUGACACAGCAGGCAGACAAUCAGCAGGAGAAGAUUUCUUGUCUUAUCUCUCUAAGAAGUAAUAAGUAGAAACUUUAUCUGACGAUGAAGCCAACCAGUCGACCAGAACUUAUUGAUUUUAAAGGCAUUUAUAUGGCUCAUUACUUCACUGAUGACUGGGAAAAUGUGCAGAAAUUUCAAGCAAGACCAGAUGAUAUUCUCAUUGCUACUUACCCCAAAGCAGGCACCACCUGGGUCUCCUCUAUUUUGGAUCUACUUUUUUUUCACAAUAUAGCACCAGAGCGUCACACCUCACUGCCCAUUUUUGAAAGAGUGCCUUUCCUUGAGGCAGUUUUUCCUGAGAUGCCUACAGGGGUUGACUUGGCAGAUAAAUUGGCCACCACCCCACGUCUCAUCAAAACUCAUCUACCUGUUCAGUUGGUGCCCAAGUCCUUCUGGGAACAGAACUGCAAGGUUGUUUAUAUAGCACGCAAUGCCAAAGACAGUGCUGUGUCUUAUUUCCACUUUUCUUGUAUGGUGGACUUACUACCUGACCCGGGAACCUGGAAUGAUUUCUUACAAAAUUUCAUGGAUGGAAAAAUGGUGUUUGGACCUUGGUAUGAUCAUGUGUGUGGCUACUGGGAGAAGAAGCAAACAUACACUAAUCUACACUACAUGUUCUUUGAAGACAUUGUAAAGAACACCAGGCAUGAGGUGGAGCAACUGAGCUCCUUCCUUGGUUUAUCUACACAAGCAGAAGAGAGGGAGAAACUGACAAAAUUUGUUCACUUUGAUGCUAUGAAGCAGAACAGCAUGGCCAACUAUUCUACAUUCAAACGCAUGGACUUCAAGAUCUCACCAUUUAUGCGCAAAGGUAAAGUUGGAGACUGGAAAAAUUACUUCUCUGUGGCUCAAAACGAGCAGUUUGAUGCUCACUACUGGGAGAAAAUGAAGAACACAACAUUACAGUUCCACACAGAAAUUUAGGACAAAAAUUUUAAUUUCAAUAUACUGUAUUACAGCAUUAGCAAUUUAGUCAGAUUUAUUUUGUGUAUAUGAGCUGUACAUCUAAAACACAUAAUGAAAGGAAUAAUUUUUUUUCACAGAAUAUCAAUUAAAAUAAUUUUUUUUAAAUAAAGUUCAUUUUAGAUGAUUAAAGCACCUCUGUACUUGGAACCUAGAUGUUAAAUUUCUACAGAUUGCUAAAAGAAACUUAGCUUACUUAUAUGUAUCAGCAGCACGAAUCCUAGACUAUGACUGUACUGCCCAUAUUGAUAAAUAGUAUUAAUAUUCAGUGCACUAGAGAAAAAAAAAUGAAUGUCACAUGCAUGCAUAAGCAGAAAUAAAUCCCUUAUUUGA